UGCACAGGAUGGGUUUCUGUGCUUGUAGUGCCACUGAGGACAGAAGGCAGUGGCAGACUAUGAAGGAAGCACCCUGAGGGAAAAGCCAGUCCUGAUUCUCCGUCUUAUUUCUGAAAAAGAGUUUGUUGGAUGCUUUUCAACUAAAAGCAGAUGAUUAAUUCAGCCCUGACCUUGUUCUGUCUUUGAACAACAGAUAAAUUAGUUUACUUGAAAAGCAAUCUUUUCAUGUGUAUUUCCAUGUCACCUGUGGUUUUCCCUGCCUUGCACCCGCUGCCCUGCCAGCUGGCAGAAAGAAGGUCAGCAAGGCUGCUGAUAAGAAGAGUAUAAAGAGGGCUUGUUCCAUGGCAAGGGGGCAGUGGUCUGCUCUGCUGGCAACAUGCUGCGCUUCCUGCUCUUCGCCACCCUGGUCCUUUAUGGACACAGUACCCAGGACUUUCCAGAAACCAACCCCCGGGUAGUUGGAGGGACUGAGGCCCAGAGGAACGCCUGGCCCUCUCAGAUCUCCCUCCAGUACCUGUCCAGAGGUAACUGGUAUCACACCUGUGGAGGGACCCUCAUCAGACAGAACUGGGUGAUGACAGCUGCCCACUGUGUGGACAGCCAAAUGACCUUCCGUGUGGUGGUUGGAGACCACAACCUGAGCCAGAACGAUGGCACUGAGCAGUACGUGAGCGUGCAGAGGAUCGUCGUGCAUCCGUACUGGAACAGCAAUAACGUGGCUGCCGGCUAUGACAUCGCCCUGCUGCGCCUGGGCCAGAGCGUGACCCUCAACCGCUACGUCAAGCUGGGUGUUCUGCCCCAGGAGGGAACCAUCCUGGCUAACAACAGCCCCUGCUACAUCACAGGCUGGGGCAGGACCAGAACCAAUGGGCAGCUGGCCCAGACCCUGCAGCAGGCUUACCUGCCCACCGUGUCCUACUCCACCUGCUCUAGCAGUUCCUACUGGGGCUCCACUGUGAAGAACACGAUGGUGUGUGCUGGAGGCGAUGGAGUCCGCUCAGGGUGUCAGGGUGAUUCUGGGGGCCCUCUCAACUGCUUGGUGAAUGGCCAGUAUGCUGUCCAUGGAGUGACCAGCUUUGUGUCCAGCCAGGGUUGUAAUGUCUCCAGGAAGCCCACGGUCUUCACCCGGGUUUCUGCUUACAUCAGUUGGAUAAAUAAUGUCGUUGCCAACAACUGAACCUUUUCCUGAGUACAACGGCCAUCCCAAGAUGCUCAUUCAAUCCCCACAACAGGACUUGAGGUCAUCAAGGACAAAAACAUUCUAGGAGACUAUUGAGCCAGAUACAGAAAAGCAAAUAAAACUGCUUCUACAUUGUC